GACAUAUUGCUUUUUCUUUCUCCCUUUUCCCAAGAGAUUGCAAGGAUUUAUUAAAUUUAUCGAAAUAGAAGAAUGAAAAUUCAACAUAUAUACAUCUCGGAUCCGCGGAACGAUUGCGUAAAUGUUUACACAACUAAGGUUCACGAAGGAAAUGUUCUAAAUACGUCUCAUAGACAAAACGUUUCAUUGUCGAAGCUCAACUCAUCUAUUCCGAAGAAGUCGGACUACAUAUAUGUUGUCGUUAUAUUUUCUCCUCGAGUAAAAAUAAUUGAAAGUAAACUUACGUUUGUUCCCGGUAUUAAUUGUAAAAAUUAUUACACAAGAGAAAUUAAUUGGGAACUACUCCCUAACCAAAAGGAAGCAAUUUGUCAUCCUCUAAAUGCAGAACUUCUGUUCAUUUUGAAAAACAAUACCAGCAUUCGUCAUUCCGUUUCAAUUGAUACGGAACUAAAGAUAGGAGAUCUGUUGCAAAUUGGCUUGAAGGAACCAGACGAAGUAUUCAGCGAAGAACCCGCUUUGAAAAAGACAAAGUUUGAUAAAGAAAUUAACAGACAAAAGCCAAAGACAAAGCUUGAUAACAUACAAAAGUCAAGGUUUUUAGAAGUUCUUUCACACAUCGAUUUUAAUUCAUUUUUUCAAUUCCAAUCAGGUGAGCAAGUCAUUCGUCUUUUAUUAAAAUUGAUGAAAAAGAAUUUAACAGAAUUCGUAUUGAAAGAUAAUUCGUCAGAUAAACUUUGCCAACGAUAUUCCGAAAAGGUUUAUUCCAUCUUGAAGAGGAAGAUUAAGAGUCAAAAUAUAAGUAAACAUGUGUUGGAUUAUAUUUUUCAAAUAGUCGGGAUCAGCGAAAAUGUUUUCGUAUUGGAUGAAUUUUCGUUUAUUUGUUCGAAACAAAUUGAAGAUUUAAUCGUUACUUCUCGCGGUCAAGAAGGCGAUCAUUCUUUCAAAAGCAGUCUUAGACUAGACGAGGGAUAUUUCAUUUCCUUCCACAUUGCUCCGAAUAUUUCAGUAUUGUAUUCUUAUACGGAAGUGGAAGAAAGCGACGAAACUGUUAUUCAAUUUGUAACUCUUUCCAAGAUAUUAGAAUCCAUUUUGGUGAAGGCUCCGGAAUAUUUCAAAAUAUUUGUCGAAGAAUUAAGGAGUCGUUCCAACGAGAUUAUCACUUUCAUUAGCAAUCUUUGUUUCGACAUUGAUGCAGGCUGCUCUGAGUCCGAUAAAAGUUAUCACGAAUCCAUCAAAAGAAAAGA